AUGGCACUCCCAACUUUGGUGCUUUUGUCUCUUAUCUUCUCCUCCUCCUCCAUCAUCAUACAUGUCUCCUCUCAAACCCUACCACUUCAUGGCAAUCAAGAACAAACCAUGCAGGAGAAUCCAUUGAUUCUUCAAGCUUGUAGCAAUAUCAAGGAUCGAACAGCUUGUCUCUCUAACCUCAAAUCGUUUCUUGAUGACCAUAGUCCAAUGAACCACAAACCUGACUCAAUCUUGCGAGCCGCCCUAAAGGCCACCCUCAAUGAGACACAGCUAGCCAUGCAGACCUUCACCAAGUUCACCUCACUGUCCUCAAGUUCUCGAGAGCAAAUGGCCAUUGAAGACUGCAAAGAACUGCUUGAUUUCUCGGUUUCAGAGCUCGCAUGGUCCUUAGCCGAGAUGAAGAAGAUCAGAGCUGGAUCCCAAAACCCUCGUUACCAAGGGAACUUAAAAUCAUGGCUCAGUGCUGCAUUAAGCAACCAAGAUACUUGCCUUGAAGGCUUUGAAGGAACAGAUAGACAUCUUGAGAGUUUUAUAAGAGGAAGCCUAACACAAGUUACGCAACUCAUUAGUAAUGUAUUGACGUUGUAUACUCAACUACAUACCCUACCCUUCAAACCACCUGCAAAUAGUGAUAGAACUUAUAAUACCUUUUAUCCGAAAUGGAUGACGGAGGGCGAUAAGAAUCUGCUGCUUUCGGGUCCAGAAGGGAUGCAUGCCGACGUGGUAGUGUCGUUGGAUGGAUCCGGGCAUUAUCGUUCGAUUUCUGAAGCGAUUAAUGAAGCUCCUAAUUAUAGUGUCAGGAGGUAUGUUAUAUAUGCGAAGAAAGGGGUUUAUAAAGAGAAUAUAGAUAUGAAGAAGAAGAAGACCAACAUAAUGCUUAUAGGGGAUGGUGUUGGAGCCACAGUGGUGACCGGAGAUAGGAAUUUCAUGCAAGGGUGGACUACAUUUCGAACGGCCACAGUUGCGGUCUCCGGCCGGGGAUUCAUAGCAAGGGACAUCACAUUUCGCAAUACCGCCGGCCCUCAGAGCCACCAAGGUGUUGCACUGCGUGUGGAUUCCGACCAGUCUGCAUUCUACAGGUGCAGCAUGGAAGGCUAUCAAGACACCCUCUACGCGCAUUCUCUCCGCCAAUUCUACCGUGAAUGCAGCAUUUCCGGCACCAUAGACUUCAUCUUCGGAAAUGGCGCAGCAGUUCUCCAGAACUGCAAAAUCUACACUCGGGAGCCUCUACCGCUGCAAAAGGUCACCAUCACCGCUCAAGGCCGGAAAAACCCAAAUCAGAAUACAGGGUUUUCAAUCCAAGAUAGCUAUGUUUAUGCCACAAAACCGACUUAUUUGGGGAGGCCAUGGAAAGAAUACUCUAGGACCGUGUUCAUGAACACGUACAUGAGUUCGAUGGUCCAGCCACAAGGGUGGCUCGAAUGGUAUGGGAACUUUGCAUUGAACACAUUAUGGUACGGUGAGUACAGGAAUUACGGUCCUGGUGCAUCACCGUCGGGGCGGAUUCGAUGGCCGGGCUACCACAUGGCCAUGGAUGCAUCAACAGCUAGUUCUUUCACGGUCCGAAGAUUUAUCGACGGGUUAUCAUGGUUACCAGCGACUGGAGUAACAUUCUCAGCUGGUUUAUCUAAUUAAUUAAUUUAUUAACAGAAGAUGUUAAAUCAUGAUGAUUUUAACAUUUGUUUGUUGUUAUGUUCUGGUUGAAAUUGGAUUUAAUCAUAGUGAUUCCGUAUAUAAAUUUAGUGUGUAUU